CCGCUACGCAGAGCAAACCACAAGCUGCCAGAGGCCUGAGGAGCGCCGCUCAUUAGCUGCUCCCAUCUUUAGAGUGCAGAUUGGCGGCGUGUGACGUUGCGCAUGGCAGUCUGCCCCGAGCGAGGUCGGUGCCUGUCGUGUGCUUCACAAGGAGCGCGCUGUGUGCCGGGCUUGCCGUGUCAUCCAAAUUGUCAGGAGGAUUUGAAGAUGAUGCACCUUCCCGAGCAGGCAUACCGACGGAGCCCGUUGCUGCCCAGUCUCAAGAAGCGGCUGGCAUCAUGGUCUCGAGAGACUCCUGCUGCUCAGGCUUCUACUUGCGGGGCUUGCGGCUGCUCGGUGACGGACCACGAGGCUAUGCUCGUAAGUUCUGGCGAGCAGCGCAUUUUGGAGGUAUGCAGAAGGCUUUUCCAGCCCUUUGAACUCACUUUGGGCAUCCGGCAGAGUGUCCAGGACACCGCCUGCCUUGGACUGGGCAGAGUUGGCUUCACCUACGGAGAGGUCUCGUUAUUAUCUUUCCUGCGGCUGCUGGAUCGCGUUGCGUGCAUCCAGAGCGGCCACGCGGUUGAACCCGGAGCUUUCUACGACCUUGGAUGCGGGGUGGGCAAGACCCUGGUAUUGGCUGCUUUGCACGGCAUCGGCUUCCACCGCUGUGUAGGCGUCGAACUGCUACCGGGCCUGGCAGCUGCAGCGCGGAUUUUGUGCGAGAACUUCCGGGCCGAAGGAGCUGCGGCCGUCGUGGAAGUUGUGGAAGAUGAUAUGGAGCAGGUGCCUCUGGAGGGAGCGUCCAUGGUUCUGCUCAACGCUGGCAGUUGGACAGAGCCAUCGUUGUCAAUACUCCGGCGCCGACUGGCACAGGCUUUGCCAGAUGGCGGCGUGGUGGCAACCGUUCGACACCCCAUUGCCAAGGCGGGGGAGGGCCUCGAGCCUGUGGAGGAGCUUCGGUUGCCGAUGUCCUGGGGCGAGGCGUCAGUUUAUUUGGCCCAGAAGGGCAUCCAUCGGCGUUUGAAGGUAGUGGUCGACCUGAAUGAGAUGGACUGAUAGCACGUGGCAGCUUGGCUGGCACUAAACCAUUUGAGGCAGUUUUCCAGUCCAGCAAAAACAGAUCUGGCCAAUUCUGGACUCCUGUGUUCGGCAGUUGUGGAGUGGGUUGGUGAGACUGUCCUCUUCCUGCUGAUGUGAUUCAGGGGCGGCGCUUCCCGGCACAAGAAGUGCAGGAGCGCGAAAAGGUGGCGUGUGCGCAGAAGGAGCUUUGAGCAGCAUACAGGUGCUGCAGCCCGAACUCUUUGCAGAUGUACAAAUCAAAUUACAUAGACAGAUAUGGUGCAAUCACUCGGCUAUGACCAAAUCAGGACGCCCUUAGGUGUGUGGUCUUUUGCGUUCACUAGUGCGGGCGUUAAGCAAAAGGAGAAACGCCUGUGCAAAAAGGAGCCGCGGUUUCUAACGGAAAACUACCCUGCGCGUGCGGUUCCUUCAUGAAAGCAAGCUAAAGGUGGAAGAAUGCGCAUUUGCAUUUGCAUCUGGA